UACGUAUGUCUGUGUUCCAUUGCUGUGAUGUUCGUAAACCUCAUAUUGUGCUGUGCGUCGCGGUUUGCUUGAAUCGCUGCUUUGGUGGAAAACCUGAGUUAUCGUGUUGUGGGCGCGGGCGGUUUAUGUCUCGAAAUGUCUGCUGACUGUGCUGCUCAGCUACAUAAAAACCACUCGGGGCGCUCAGCCGCAGGGCCCAGUUUUAGAACUGUUUACAAGGAACAGUGCAACAACUUUUACGUGUGCAGUCGUCGCACUCUGUUGUCGAAAAUUCCCAAUGAUUCCUCGCUCGAUCUGUGUGUGGACAUAAUUCGGGCCGAUGAAUGGAAGCCGCUUUUGCAGGCUAUCCGUUUGGACAAAAGUCUGGAGGCUGUCGUCUUCAAAUCAUCAUUUCUGGGCGACUACCCCGAGCUCAUCGCUGAUGUUGGCCGCCUGCAACUCGUGCAGAAGAUGCAGCAGAGCAUCCAUGUGCCUGCGCUCUUCACACCAGAGAUGCUGAAGACAUUCUGCUUAGCCCUGUCCGAGCAGCUGAAGAACAACACUCGGCUUAGGUCGCUGGGGCUCAUUGGCUUUCCCUUCUCGCUGGUUCACCUACAAGAACUGUCAGCGGGUGUUUGCACAUCAGCGUCCCUUACAACUGUCACUCUUGAUGGAAGCUCACUUGGCAAGCAAGGUCUGGAAGUGCUUUGCCGUGCCUUAUGUGAGAAAGAGAGCGUGCGUGUACUCAGCCUCUGCGACUGUCAACUGGGCAGCAGUGAGGCCGACCUGCUGAACUGGCUCCUGCGGCAACAAAGCCUUGGUCGCCAGGGGGCACUGUGGCAGGGUGUGCUGCGCCAGAGAGCUCUGGCGCUUGACUCGCUGCGCGGCCUUCGACGACUCAGCCUGUGUCGCAACCCACUGGGAGACCAGGGCAUCUGUGCCUUGGCUGAAGCUCUCACAGAUAACCUCUGCCUCAAGGCACUUGACCUUCAGAGCUGCAAUGUGGGCAAUGCUGGUGCCUCUGCCUUGCAUAAUCUGCUGGUCAACAACAUUGUCCUGGAAGUAGUUGACAUACGGCAAAAUCCAAACAUAGAUGCUGCCUUAGCCAAGGGCAUAGCGAAGAAAGUGUCCUCAAAUCGUCACGGAAGACAGUGUCAAUAUGAUGUCCUCCCACUAGGCAAAAGCCAGCCAGUGCGGCCAGUUUCCCAUCACCAGAGGAGUAGGUCGGCAGGGAGACUGCAGGAGACGAAGAGUGCACAAACCAGAUGGAAGCCGCGCUCAUCAUCUUUGGGCAGGGCCGCAAGCACGCAGCAAGCACUCGGGUCUCCAUCUCCGGAUGUGCCCCGCACCAACCAUUGUAAACCCUGCGGGCUGUUGGCUUCCAAACGCAUUGAGGUUGAUCUUAGAGAAAACUCUCUCCACUGUUGCAUUGGAGUGCAGCAAACAGAGAAGCUUGUAGACGAAGUCGCUCAAGAGAGGGAACACUGGGCUCGCGUCUCCUUCCCUGGCAUCUCAAGCAAGGCUAAGAAGGCAUCAAUCACGGCCCCCUCUUUCUUCACAACUCUUGCCACGAGAGAAAGGUGCUUCACUCCGGCCCUGUCGGUAGACUCGUCUGCGAUGAGUGAAAACGGUGAUGUUCUGAGUAAAGCGAUGAGAUUUUCGCUGCCGUCCUUUCCGAGCACUCCCUUGAUUAUUGCAGUGCACUUUGUUCUGCCACAAGACAUUUUAUUCGCGAUAUCAGAAUCUGGGCACACCGCUUUUAUUAGCGGUACGAGGUGGUCCAUCAUGGCAUGCGGAAGGUUGUGCUCAACUGCGAAAGCAGCCAGCCUUAUUUCCCCUUCCUUGACUUUCUUUUUCAUUUCUGAGUUUGCGCUAAAACAGGGCAUGUCAAAAAGUGUUUGCGUCUUUACCAUGCUUGCGGCACUCGCUUGGUGCUUCUUUCUUGCAGCGUGCUUGUCCAAUUCAGAUUUUCCAGCUUUAUAAUCAGCACUACAUGACUUG